AUCAAUGGCUUGGUUUGAAUUAGGUUCAACUAAAAGUUCCUGCAGUGCUGAUGCAUUUUGUAAUUCUGUAAAAAUCUGGAUAGAACGACCAAACAUCUGCAGCAAAGUGGUCAGUUGCGCAAAAAUUGACGACAUCAAGUGUAAAGGAAGUCUUAUUUGGAAUAAAUGUUCUGAUUUACCAAAAUCUACUGAAGACUUAUGUAUAGAUGUUGUUGCUGCUCCAGUCACAUGCUUAUAUUGCAACAAAAGCUUUCGGAACAAUAACUUCAAAAAUGCAAAAGUAGUUUUACGAAAACUCGUGCCUCGAAACUGUGAAAUACACCAUGCAUGUCAUGAAUUGAUCAUAACAACCGAAGAAGCUGUUUUUUUCAUUCCUUUGCAACCUGAUAGUCUUUCCAAAAGUCCUGAACACACAACAUACAUGUUUAAUAAUCAUUCCUGCAUGCUUGAAUCAGAAUCAAGCAUAACUGAUGAACAAUACAGGAUAACUCUAUUUGUUUUUAAUAAAAGUCAAACAGAAAAUGAGUCCAAACCUAAUCAACUUUUAACUAAGUUUGCCAAAAGAUCUUGCCACGCGACACGACAGUGGCUUACAGAAAAACUUUUUCCAUUGGUUUGUAAAUGGAGUAAUGACGAAAAUACAAAACUUCCAAAAGAUUCCAAGAAAUUUCCAACAUCUUUAUCAUUGAUUGACAAAGAAAAAUAUUCCAUUCUUUACCAAGAACUGAAACGGAAAUAUGGUUUGGAACUGGCAAAGGUUUGGCCAGAAGUGACUGACCCACAAAAAUACGUUUAUGAAGAUGUUGCCAUAGCUACCUAUCUACUUGUAUUAUGGGAACAAGAGAGAGAAUUACUUGGUACGAGCAAACUACAAUCUUUUGUAGAUAUUGGUUGCGGGAAUGGAUUACUUGUCCACAUACUGAAUUCUGAAAAGCAUCCAGGUAAAGGCAUUGAUAUUAGAAAGAGAAAAGUUUGGGAGGUUCUGAGCAAAGCUAACUUGGAGGAAGAUGUUGUUACUCCGGAGGACUUGUCUACUCUUCAAGGAUAUGAUUGGUUGCUAGGCAACCAUUCUGAUGAACUAACUCCAUGGAUUCCUGUUAUGGCUAGCAGAUGCAGCUACAACACACGGUACUGGGUGUUGCCAUGUUGUUUCUUUGAUUUUAACUGUAAGUUUGAAAGAUCACAAUCAACUAAUGGUCAGUAUAGAGACUACCUCAACUUUGUGAAUUCAGUUGGUUCGGAAUGUGGGUUUCAAGUCAUGGAAGAUGUCAUGAGAAUACCUUCAACAAAGAGGGUAUGCUAUGUAGGUAUGAAGAAAAACUACCCUAAGAAUGAACAUUCCAUAAAAUUACAAAGUAUUGAAAGAUAUGUAACUUCAAGAUGUGAUGAAACAAAAUACGAAAAUUUAAACUUUGUUCCAAGACCAAAGGUGGAAAAAAUACAAAACUGCACAAAAAUGAAACGUACUGUUCAACAACAGAUUGUUGAAACUAUUGUUAAAAAGCUUUUAUCAGUUGUUAAUAUGAAAGAAAACAUUGAAACAGGUAAAAGUUGGAACAUGGGUGGCAGUCUACCACUGCAUGAGGCAGCUGCAUUGCUGGAUGAGAAAACACGAAAUGAGAUGAAAAAUGAAUGUGGAGGGUUACAAACUUUAAUGCGGAAUUAUCAUCAAGUAAUGAUAUUUCAAAUCCGCAAUGGUAACGUUCAAUUACGAGAUUGGUCGUUAACUCAAACGAGAAGAAAGCGUAAAAGAAAACACUUGGCCGACUCUGCUGUAAAGACCAAACAAUGUUGGUUUCACAUCAGUCACCCUGAUGGCUGUCCACUGAGCAAUGCAAAGUGCAAUUUUCUUCAUGGAAAUCAGUAAUUGCUGGAAGCAACAGCUGAUCUUUGAAUGCUCGAGGCACGUGGCUUUUGCACAGCAGUCGAAAUAACUUCAUAUUGUGGUGAACUGUACGCGUAACUGGGGUUUGACGAAUAAGCCGAACCCCGAGCUUUGCUUGACCCACGGGUUG